AUGGCCCAGCUCCACAACCCAAACGACUGCGACGCCGCCGAGGAGCAGCUCGCGUCGCUCGCCGUCGCCGUCAAUCGCCUGCCCGCCGGGUCCUUCGUGCGGUCCGGCGUCGAGGCCGCCCUCGCCGAGCUGCGGUCCGCCGUCGACGCGCGCCGCGCCGCCCUCGGCGCCCCGACACCAACACCGGCGGCGGCCCUCGCCCUCGACGCGCGCAGCCUCCUCGCGCGGUCCCUGGACGCCUGCGACGCGGCGCACCGGCCGGCGACGAACUUCGAGGCCGCGGCCUGCGCGGUGCACGCGCUGCUCCUCGCGGCCGCGCCCGAGCUGUCGUGCGUCGGCGUCGCGUCGACGGCCGCGGCCGUCGGCGGCUUCGCGCCCGCGGCGCGGGCGCUGCCCCGGGACGCGUGCCUGCCCCGGGGCUGGCGCCGCGAGGGCGGCGGCGCGGGCUUCCGCUACCGCGGCGGCGCGGACGCGCUCGAGUUCGCCGCGGCGCCCGCCGGCGGCGAGCUCCAGAUCUCGCUCGCGUCGCCGACGCGCGGCGUGGUGCACGCCGACGGCGUCGCCGUCGCCGACGGCGGCGCGCCCGCGAGCGGGCCCCCGCCCCUCGCGGCCUUCGAGGCCCUCGCGGCGUACGUCGCGGGCACCGUCCUCCCCCGGCUCCGCGCGGCCGCGGCCGCGCCGGCGCCGGCGGCGCCGGCGCCGCGCGCGCCGCCGCGGCCCGCGGCGCCGGCCGUCGGGCCCGGCUUCCCGCCCGCGGCGCCGCGCCGGCCCCAGCCCUUCGGCGACCCGCUCCGCGACGACGGCCGGCGCCUGCUCGUCGGGCCGGGCCACCCGGCCUUCGGCGGCUUCGACCCGCUCACCGCGGGCCGCUUCCAGCCGCGGUUCGACCCCGUCGGGCCCCUCGGGCCGGGCUUCCCCGGCGGCGCGCCCCCGGGCGGGGGCCGGGGGCGCCGCCGCCCGGGCCCGGGCGAGCCCGACUUCGACCACAUGCGCGUCCCGGGGCUCGACGACGGGCCCGGCGGCGGCUUCAUCUAG